GCGUACUGUACUCGCACGUGCAACAUUUGCCAAAAACUCUGAUUGAGAAAAUAGUUCGAUGGUUUGAUUUUGUGUAUUGAAUUCAGUUAAUUUUUUCGGGUUAUUAAGAAAGUGUUAAUCGAAAUGUCUGAACCUAUAUCAGCAUUUGCAGCAUAUAAAGGAUUUGCUUCAAAACGUAGCAAUAAAACUAGAAAUACUAAUAGGAAGGCUGGUGGUAGCAAAGCCAAUGCUAACAAAAAGAGUGGUGUGAAAAACAAAACUUUGGGGAAGAAUAAACCAAAGGUUUCACCAAAAAAUCAAGUUAAUUCAAAACCCAAUAAUGCAACCAAAGAAAAUAGUGCGCAUGUCAAGUCCAAAGAUGCGGCCAAAAGUGCAGCAACUGAAGUUGAAACGACUAAAGUCAAAGUCGCUCCUAACAAAGCAGCAAGCAAACAUGAACCCGCGAAGAAACCACAACAACGAAGAGGUCAACGUGCGGUUACUAACGGUAAUACAAUAUCCAACGGCAUUAAAGAGAAAGAGAUCGAUGCCUUGGUGGAGCAGCUCCUGGGCGAUACAACUUCAAAUCCUAAAAAGCUGUCUCAAGUUCAACAGAAAAAAAAGAAGGAUUUGGAGAACUAUUUCGUACGGCAGCUGGAGAAACAUGACAAAGAAGUUAGGGAGGAAGAGCUAUCUGAGUCUGACAUGGACGAACAUGGUAGCUCUUACUCGCAUGAAUCUGACGAAUAUACUAUAAAUAGUUACAUCGAGGAGGAUGGUGAAGAGGAAGAAAGUGUUGUUAGUUAUGAAUACUCAAAUGAAUCGGAUGAGGAUAGUAAACCGAUUGGCACAUCCACUAAAAAAACCGCUGGGCUUAAGCGCGGUAUAUCUGCUAAAGCUGCUGGUGACGCUAGUGCUCCAAAAAAAGGGCGGAAAACGGAAAAAUCGGUUGAUAAGCGAAAAUCGAUGCCUAAUGCAGCAGCAGUUGCAACUGACAAGAUCGAAAAGAAAACAGAUGAACGGGGAAAAUCUAUAGACUUUGUGCCGGCGUCCACAGCGGAAGUUACGGUGAAAACUGUGGAUGCAAAUGUGGUUAAAAUGGCGACAUUUUCUCCACCGAUUAACGUUGUGAAAAUGAAUAGCAUAAAAGAGGGUGAAAAAUUAUUCAGCUGGCUUCUAAGUCCACUAACGGCAAAGGAGUUUUUCGCAAAAUAUUGGGAGUCGGGCGCCUGUCUAAUUAAGCGCAAAGGAUCUAACUAUUAUUCACAUCUUAUAUCAUUUGAGUCUAUUGAUCAGAUGUUAUUAAAAAAUCAUGUAGAGUUUACGAAGAAUAUCGAUAUAACAUCCUAUGAAAAUGGUGAACGUAAGACACUCAACCCAGUAGGACGUGCGAUGCCGCCUGUUGUUUGGGAUCAUUAUGGGCAAGGCUGUAGUGUACGCCUGCUAAAUCCGCACACAUUUUUACGAGAACUGUUUCGCUUGAACACCACCUUGCAGGAGUAUUUCCACUGUUUAGUUGGCGCCAAUGCAUAUCUCACACCGCCCAACAGCCAAGGUUUUGCUCCACACUACGACGAUAUAGAGGCUUUUGUACUGCAAAUUGAGGGUCGCAAGCGCUGGCGUCUUUACAAGCCACGUACGCAAGCCGAACAGCUGCCGCGUUUCUCAUCAAAGAAUUUUACGCAGCAGGAGAUUGGCAAGCCGAUAUUUGAUGAGGUGCUGGAACCUGGCGAUAUGUUAUACUUUCCGCGUGGUACUAUCCAUCAGGCCUGCACCGAGCCAGGCUAUCACUCAUUGCACAUCACACUUAGCGUGUAUCAAAAACACUCCUAUGCCGAUCUCUUCGAGCGUAUGAUGCCACUGGUAUUGCAACGCGUUAUCGAAGAAAAUGUUGAAAUGCGAUGCGGUUUGCCGUUGCACACUUUCCAACAUGCUGGCGUUGCGUUCAGCGAGAAUGGUACCAUGGAACGCGCCGAACUGUUGCGCAAAGUCACUAAACUGAUGCGCCAGUGUUUGAACAGCGUACCACUAGAGGAAAUGAUGGAUGCUGCUGUGGAUCAGCUCGCCAAAAAAUAUCAACACGAAGCGCUGCCGCCGCACGUGCUGCCCACUGAACACGAGCGCACCAUAUUCGGUUCGCGUAGUACCACAAAUGAGCGCGGCGAGUGCUUGUGUGACUAUGAAAUCACUGAGCGCACUAAUGUCCGCCUGUUGCGAGCCAACAUAAUGCGAUUGGUGCAGGAGGAGGGCAAAACGCGUAUAUACUAUUACUUGGACAACUCUAAGGAGUAUUGCGAAUAUGAGCCUAAUUUUAUAGAAAUUGAGUUGGAAGAGGCAGCCAGCGUUGAAGUGCUCAUACGCUCGUACCCAGAGUAUAUCGGUGUAUCGCAGCUGCCACUGGAAGAUGAAGAGCAUAAAGUGCAAAUAGUGACUGCGCUGUGGGAGCGUGGGCUGCUGAUGACCGAGAAGCCGUUUAAAUGAUAGACAAAAAUAUUUAAAUAUUUUAUACAAUAGUAGAGCGAGAAUGUCUUUUGUUUGCUUAUACAAAUUAAUUGUCCUAUAAGAAAUCAUUUUACGGUAGGCGCUUAUCAUAAUUUGUGUCUUGUUUGAAAGAAAAACUGUGCCAUUCGGACAGGUUUUGCAACUCACUACCGGAUGAAUUUCAUUGAAAUUUUCCGCCAACUAUAGUUGACAAAGUGAAUUAUAGAACCAGUCUGAUUACUGUUUUUCCACCCAUGAAUACCCAGCUGCGGUUUUUGUAAAUAAAAAUGAAUACACGCAUAAAAUUAAUUGUGUGGACUAAAGUAAAAAGUAGAAAAAAUAAAAAAAAUCUGAUUAAUAAAUUUGCAAA